CCCUCUUCCAUCAUAGCAGUGAUAGUAAGACCUCUCUCUCCCUCUAUCUGUCUCUCUCGUGCACACACACACACACACACCAUUGAAAAGUUAGAGCAAAGUCUUUCGUCUCUGACAGACCAGCAGCCACCCACUGCACGCUCCCCUGAGAGCACUGGACCACAUCUCCCUCCCUUUCUCUCUCUCUCUCAGGCACUCGUUCACUCUUUAACUCAGUCCCUUACUCAUACUCAUACUCAUUCAUUGAAUCAAACCAAAUUCUCAGCAGCUUCACUUGUCAGAAAGGACAUAAAGGAAUACAGGAAUCUGCUACAGUCUCACCUCAGCCACUCAGCCAGCAUGUGGUUUUUCUUGCUUGGACUCACCUCUGGAUUGUUGGCCUCUUCUUGGGGAAGCAUUGAAAAAGAGGUGAAGCUGCGAAGCUGCAAUUAUGUAGGAGUAUUCCAUAUUCAGGGCAAGGAUCGAUACACUUUGACCUUUGAUAAAGCAAAUGACUUAUGUGAAGCAUUGGGCACGACAUUGGCCAGUCUGGAGCAGGUGACUGCUGCACAUGACAAGGGCUUGGAGAGCUGCAGGUAUGGUUGGAUCAGCAAUGGAAAUGUCACCAUUCCUCGACACGUGCCGACCCAACAGUGUGCAAACAAUCAGACGGGCGUUAUUUCAUUGGUGCCAACAGAUAAUGGAUAUGAUGCCUACUGCUAUGAUCAGACAGAUCAGUCUGAAAGAAACUGCACUUUUGAAAUAAAAUAUCUGGAUCCUGUAAAGAGUACAGAGGACAGUGUAACCCAAUAUAUGGACACCACCGACUUUCCAACCGACUUCCUUACUACAGAGGUUCCAGAGACUGUAGACACCACCAGCGAGAUACUAACUGAUACUGAUUCACCUCCUGCUUUAGAGGAGAAAAAUCAAAAUCCAAACAGCUCACAUGAGGAUGACAAUGUAUCAGAUGAGGUGCUGACCACAGAAUUUCCCCUCACGACUACUGAACCUGAACAACAGGAUAAAAUUACAGAUGAGAUAACAACCGCACUAACUAGUCUAGAAAGUGCUGGCUCAGGUAUGGGAGACGCAACAUUUAGCACCACAACUGAAACAACCAAUGAAGAGGUGGACAAAUCGGAUGUGUAUACCAUUUCAGGUAUUCCAGCAUCCACUGUACAUUCUGAGAACCCAAGAGGGAGGAAGGCACCAGGCAUGGCUACAACACCAGAGGAGAACGCCAGCCCUGGCAGUAAUAAAGACUGGUUGGUCAUCUUGCUUGUGAUUGUGGCCAUUGCUGCUAUUAUUCUUGUGUGUGUUCUUGUGGUAACAAGGAACAGGUGGUGUGGGAAGAGAAAGACUCUGAUGAUCACGUCCAAGAGCAGCAGUGAGGGCAACGGAACAGCAGCAUCAGUGGCCAGCCCCCAGGCUCAGGAGAGAGAGCAGGAGAUGGUGACGCUCAUGAACAAAGAGAAGAUACAGGAGAACGGCAACACGGAGGAGUUUACUGUGAUCACUCUGGAAGAAUCGCCAGAGAAAAACGAGCAAGCAUGAAAUACAGAAGGAGAAUAUAAGACAUAGUGAGGAUGAGAUGAGGGAGGGGGAGGGAGGGAGAGAGAGAGAGAGAGAGAGAGAGAGAGAGAGAGAGAGAGAGAGAGAGAGAGAGAGAGAGAGAGAGAGAGAGAGAGAGAGAGAGAGAGAGAGAGAUGGGUCUUGGCUUAAGUCUUGACCAAACAGAGAGAAGCUGUUAGAUGCUUUGGGAACCAGAAAAACAGUGAGAUACUUUUGGUGACAUAAUAUUGUGUAACAUCUAUAAGGGUGGUACAAAAUUCUGUCCUUAUGUUCAGACUUUUUAUAUGAAACAUUUCAAUUUCCUUAAUGGUAAGGAAUCAUCUAUAAUUGUCCUGUGGCUUCAAAAAAAAAAAAAAAACGACAUAACAAACUGUUCAAUUUAAGACAAAGGGGAAAAAUGAAAGAUUUCUUACCACAGCUUGGAGACAUCCUAAAUUUCAACCUGAAUCUAGGAUCAUUUCUAAUUUUAUUCUGCCUAUAACACCAGGAGACUCUGUUAGUUAAUCUAACACAAAAGAAAACGCUCUUUUGGACAGUUUUCACCUUUUCCCCCAAACAAUUCGGUCUAAACAACACACUCUGAUUCUACAAAAAAAAAAUUUUCUGAUAUCAGUAAAAUAAUUACAAAGAGAUGUUAAUACUGCUCACCAGCUCACUUCUCCAAAUCUCAAAGCUUGUUACUACUGAGGCCUCUUACCACAGUUAAGACACAUUUAUCUCCUAAUGUCAGUAUUUAGAUGUAAAUGUCGAUUACAGCUUCAAGCUGACCUAAAAACCUUUUCAUAAUUAGAAUGAUUAUUUAUUUAAACUGGAUUUGUGAGGAAAAACUGUUAAGCUUUAUUUUAAUAUUGUGGUGUGCAGAGUGGUUUUAGCAGGUGAUAGAAAAAUAAUGUAGGUUUAAUUAAAGGCCAUUAAAGUCCAUGCACAUAGCUAUCAUAGCGCAACAACUUCCUCUUCAAUCGACUCGAGAUAAAACAAGACAGGAUAAAUAAAGUGAAAUAAAUUGGAAGAGAUGCUGAUAUGUGUUUUAGAGUCCUUUAAAAAGGUCUUUUCUGACAUUCAUUUUAGCCUUUUACAAAAAAAAAUCAAUUUUUUUUUUUUUACAAAACCUUUUUCUCUGCGAAUGACGUGUUUUUUUUUUUGUUUGUUUGUUUUUUGUUUUUUUUAUUGUUGUUUGUUUGUUUGUUUGUUUGUUUGUUUCUUGUUGGUUGCUUGCUUGGCUGGCUGAUUGACUGAUUGUUUUUAUAUUUUAUUUUUUUCCACUUAAUUUAUCUCUUGUAUAUACCGUACCACUAUACUUGUUUAAUAUUGUCUUCAACAUGAGCUUGGAAUAAUCAGAGAAUCAUAUCCAUUACUUUAGUCAGUGUAAGUGAAAACCCGUUUGCACCCUUUAUGAUGUAAAAUGACACUGUAGCUUGCUACCAAUGGUUUCAUAUUUUUGAUCUCCAAAAGUCUAUCAAAGAAAAUUCAAUGCUAUUGAAAAAAUUUAUAUCAUUAUUCUUAUCAUGUGAUCAUGCAUAUGCAAUUUACAUAUAUUUACUCUCAUUACAGCUGGUCUUUUAAAUGCCAAUAAUACAGUGUACCAAUAUCACCAACGAUGCAGUUAUUUAAAAUGGAAAAAAUUGUUUAAAUGCUUAAAUUAUGUCUCUUAAUGUUCAUACCUUGCACCUUACAUUGCCUCCAGAAGCUUGAAACAUAUGUACAUAUAAGCACACAUAAGCUUUCUCCACAUUUCUGUUUCAUAUUUCUGCUUUUUUCUCUUUUGUCUUUUUAUGAUGGCAUCUAUUCUUGAACGUGCUUUGUUUAAGAAAGAUUAGGAUAUGCAGUAGAGGUAGGAGUGUGUACAUUGAUCAAAUAACAAAUUAUUGUGCAUUAAAAAACAUUGUGAAGUCCAGGAUAAAAUAAAAAAAAUGUAUAGAUGUG